AUGGAGUCUCCGGCAGCACCCUUCUCGCCCUCCACCCAUCCGCCGAUCAUCAUGGACAAACUCGAAGUCGGAUCCCUCUACAUCAUGAUCUCGAUCCCAUUCUCCAUCUACUUUGCCAAGAAGAAGCACAUCUACGCGACCAAUCUCCCGGACGGUCCGAACUUCCCCUUCUGUACUUACGAGCUCAUGGUCUCCCAGGGCCUCUCUACCGAAGAAUUUCACUGGGACCUCUACUGGCACGCUUCCGACCCGGCCACCGAUGAGCUCAUCACCACGAAUGUGAACCAAUACGCCAGUAGAAGCGCCGAUGACGAUGGAAACGGUAUCCUUUACCGCCUCCGCCCCCUCGAAACCUGUCCCACGAUCUACACCCGCGACCGGCUUACAAUCACCCGCGUUCGCUCCCACGCCCAGCUCGUAGGCCUCAUCCGCGUCCUAACAGUGCCGCCCGCAUUCAUCCUACACCUAACGCGCUACCUCGACUGGAUGACCGCCGAGUCGGCCCGCGUCGCCGAGCGAAGCUACAUCAAAGGCGCGCGCGAUCACACCUUUCACCAAUUCGACAUCUCGCGCUUCACGGCGGAGCUGCUCUCGUUCGCCUACGCCGAGGUUCCUAGCGCGUUAUCUUUUGGUGGCAUGGGGAUGCCGAGACCGGUUGUUGCGUCUUAG